ACGAGACGAAAAAUAAAAAAUCCGAGACGGCAAAGACGAGUUUUCAGAGGUUCUUUGCGAGAGUCGACGACGACGAACUUUACUGAAAGUUAAAAAGUUAUUUUUUCUCAUUGUGCGCCUCGAUAAUUUUGAUGUGUUUGCAUCCGGAACGGGAUUCGCGCCACCAGUUCGUUGGUUGAGUUUCGAUUACAGUGAAUUGUGCGACGAUUUCCGGCGGCGGAAAAAUUCGCGACUCGCGCGACGUCAGAAAGUCGGGUCUGAAGGUGCGGCGGCGCGGCGGUAAAAAAGAUGUCUUCUGUCCUGCUACACCAGGAAGCCUCCUCGGCGAUAGCGGCAGCCGUGCUGGAUUUGCCGAACGGAACCAGCCCCGGCAGUCCCGGCGGCUGCCACGAAAAGGACAUUUCCUACUGGCAGCGUUCGCUGGAGGUGCUAUCGCAGAAAGUGAUUGUUGGCGAUUCGGUUGUUGUGAAGAAGGAGAAGAAGAAGGAAGAAGAGCAGGUGGACCAGGUACGGGAUCAGCGGCAGAAUUCUAGUGAUGGCUCGCAACCGCAGGACUCCGAUGGCGAGCCGCUGGAUGCGGCCGUUCCGGUGGACUUUGUUGUGGGCGACGACGCCAAUGCGAUCGAUUCGUGCUGCAGCGACGGUGGCAACUGCGAUGAAGAUAACGACGGGGAAGAUGGCGAUGACACUUCUUCUGAAGAACAACAACAACAACAGCAAAAUCAGCAGCAGCAGCACGACAGCAACCUCUUCCGGCUGAGCUGCUGCUGUGGGGCCUGUUUUAAUUACCGGGAAACUAUCAUUCAGCUGUUUGUGGAGGACUUCGAGUAUAACACCCUGUGGGAGCGGCUGCAGUUGCUGAUCAAGAAGUUCUACGACUUUAUUCCGGAACAAAAUGAUUCGCUCCUCUUCAGCCGCUACAUGGAACUGAUGGACAAGUCAUCCCUCAAGUGGCUCACGGACGGUCGGAUCAACACCAAGAAAAACAUUCAAAUCUCACUCGGCUCCAACUUGCCCCUGUCGAACGAGAUGACGUUCAUUUUGGUGUUCAGCAUGCUCUACACUCGCGAUCCGCACCAACUGUUCGAACUGCUCUGCCUACAGCUGCGAUCGAUCGUGAAGGCCUACAGCCAGGGACUGCAGGAUCUCAUCACCGAGACCAGCGACGGUGAACUGCAGUACAACCCUACGGAGCUGCUCAAUUAUAUUCUCGACGGUUACGAUAAGCUGUGUCACUCGGCCAAGUCAUUGUCUCCCUUGUUGUUCGAGCUUCAACGCGGCCAUCUGCAGCAGUUCUCGCUAACGUGGUGUCUGAUCAACAAGCGCAUGUACCAACGGUUCGUGUACCUCGAGGUCCAACGGAUCAUUCCGGAGUGCAUACUGAAGCUGAAGGAGCUGCUAUUUGACGAGGAAUACAAAACAAUGGUGUACCGAUUUAUCCAGUUCGACGACGAAAUGAACUCAACGUCGCAGAUUUGGCGGGACGUGUGGUCUUUGUUGCAUGACUACCACAAGGCGAAAGAGGAUUCAGCCCGGAGAAAGCGCAUCACCUCGGCUCACUCGCUUCUGGUGGCCGUGCGAGAGUCGGAAUUCAACUUCGACGCGGAAGUUCUGCGCCAGAAGGAGCGUCCCAUCGUGGAGUGGCUGGCUCUGGAGGAUCGGCAUUUGGUUUGGCAGUACGUUGUGCAUUGCCUAAAGACGAAGUGGAUCGCGUGUACAAAUCCACGGAUGGUGGCUUCCAUUGAAAACAUACAGUGCCGGAAGUGUAACUUCGCGCUGGCGACUCACUACGUUGAAUGCAACUGCUGCACGUGUCUAAUAGCCGGUGGAACCUGUUUGGGAAAAUCCAAGGAGCAACUCUACUGCGCCAAGUGUUCUUUUUUCAAGAAACUGGACCGCGAUUAUCUGGACUACAUUGGAGAAUUUUUCAAUAAACCGCUGAACGAAAAACAGGCCCUCGAAAGGAAGCACGUAAAUGGCAUGACAAAUUCGUCCCAGUCCGGUGGCUCGUCGUCCAGUUCUAUAACGGAAAUCGCGUUACCAGAUUCGUCCGAAACGGAGCUGCAGCAGCCGGCUGCCGAGCGUGGUUCCACUUCCUCGUCGUCGCCGGUAAAGGACGAGGACAAUUCGAGUUCAACUGUGGUGGCUACCAGCAAUGCAUUGGCGGAUAAUACUAGUCUCUACCAUAUCUCGUGGGCUAUCUUCAAACACCUACCGGAUCGGGUACCGUACACAUGGACGACGCUCGAGCCCAAACGAUUUUGCAUCUUCCAGAGCGAACCAUGCAGGAUCAAUGCAUGCCGGGUUGCGAUCAAUAUCAUCGCCAUGCUCUACCCUUUGAACCUGUCCAAGUUUCUCAUCAAGUCGUACCAUCCCCUGAAGGAGGAGGAACGCAAGAAGAUGGCCGAGAAUUGGAACAUCGAUGUUAAGAACUUUAUGCAGAGGUUCUGUGAUGAUAUCAACAAACGUUGGCGAACGGAGGUAGCCGACCGGAUCCAUCCGCUGCACUUCCUCGAUCUUCUCUGGGAAUCGGACGAUUCGGAGUCCGCUCUGCUAAGUGACAUGGCAUCCGCUUUCGCCGAGUGGUUCCUAAUAGAUUUCCAGUUUCCUCAGCGCAAUGUCAUCUAUCAGUAUUUCACUAAGUUCUUCUUGGCGAAGGGUACCGACAUUGAGUUCGACAUGAAGUGUUUCGAGAGCGUUUCCGGUUCGCGGUUAUUCAACUGGAGCACACCUGCAUCACCUUUGAGGCAGCUCAUAGCCAACGACAUGCAAACAAAACUGCUGGGCGUGAACUGGAGUAACAUCUUGCCGGAAGAUGCGCUGGCAGCAAUCAACGGCGAUGAGCUUCCGAUCUCAGCCAAGCUUGAGGGAGUUACGACCGGGGGAGUGCUGGUGGCUACAGCUACUGGCACGGUAACCGGUGGCAGUUCAGCGGCAAUGGCGGCUGCGGUCAUUGAGCCGAUCGUAAAACUUUGUAGCGAUGAUGGCGCCAUCUGCAAGGACUGCAAGGAGUGUUUCACCGACACAGUCACCAAGUCGGAGAUUUUUGAAAAGGAAAUUAAGAAGCCGUUGGUCGAGGCACUGAAACUAGCGGCGAGUAACAAAAUACUCGAAACGGAACUCAAAACGCUUCAAAAAGAGCACAGCAUGCUAAAAGAUAUGGUGCGAGAUUUGGAGCAAAUACAUGAGCAGAAACACAGCAGUAUCACACAAUGCGGCAAUGGAAACAGUAGUAAUAGUAACAGCAACACUGGCAACAGUAAUACUAACAGCAGCAAAUCAACGAGCACCGCUCCCAAAAACAAUGGUAGCAACAGUGGCGGCUCUUGCGCUGAACAUGGAAAUAGCGCCCAAACGAAAAGUUUACCUCCUGCCAGGCUUGCAGAGAUAGGUUUGUUGCCAGCAGGAACCCCUGGCGGGAUACAGCUUAACAAAACCUGCGCUGCCGCCACUCCCGCUGUUAAAACCAUUCUGAACCAAGCCACCAAUACUCUCUCCAAGAUCGUCCCGAAGGGCAAUGCUUCCACAGGAGUAACCUCGCAGCAACCGACGGGCAAAGUGGUAACGAAAGCCACCAAUACGGCGCCAAAGGCGUGUGCGGCUGGGGCUGCUACUGGGAGCGUAGCCACCACCACCACCAGCACCACUUCGGGUAAGGUAAGCUCAAAGUCUACCAGUACACAUCCCUCGCCAGCCGGUACUGGUGUAGGGACAUCUCCUGCGGGGGCAACAGCUGCAGCAGCUGCUGCCACCCCGUCGACGAGCGCCAGCAAUGCUUCCGCGGGGCAACAACAUCUUAUCCAGUCGAAGGAGGAACACAAGAAAACCUGCCAUCGGGGCGGCGCCAACGGUGGCGAGAAAGGGGACGGUUCCUGUGUGUGCUAUUAUUGCACAUUGUUCGGACAGAGCGUUUGUUUGGAAUGCAACCACAACCAGCGAACGAACGAAACACGCGAUCGAUUGCGAAAGAAAAUCAAACAGCUACAGAGCAACAAGGACAAUCAGCAGCUGAAGUCGCUGAAUCUGAAGAACAUCAAGAUUCCUCACGGAGGCCUGCUGAAGAAAAUUAACACCAAUAAGAGCAACUCAACGAACGCGGUAACUAACAACAAUAACAACAGCAGCAACAACAACAAUAGCAACAGCGGUAGCAGCAGCAGUAGUACAAACAGUACCACUAGCACCGGCAAUGGAGGCCAGGCUUCGGCUACGGCGAACAAGGACUCGUCGUCGGGGGGCCUCGCUUCGAAAAUGGAAGCCUUAAAGAUCAGCGGUAAUAAGGCGUCAACCACAGCUUCAGCUGGUCUUGCAACGGUAAUCAAAUCCCCUUUGGUGACGAAGGCUGCCGUGAACAAGAUGAACAUUGCGCCGACCCCGGCCAAACCACCGGAAGUGGCCCUUGGUGCCCGGGAAGUACCUCAGGUUCCACCGCCAUCGGUUCAGCCAUCUCAAAGGGUAAGCGUAAACAAUGCGGCGGGCAUCAAGGCACCACUCAAACCGGUGGAGGAAACGCUAGACGCUUUGGUGCGCUACAUAGAAGGGGAUUACGACGAUGACAAACAAAAGGACAACAAAAAGACAGCGAAGAAGGUCAAACAGAAGCACAAAAAGCAGGAGCUCAAGAAGAUCACCGAGCUGGGAGAACUCAAACAGAAGUUCUCCGAGUUCAAGGAGGAAGAGAAGAGGGCGCAAAAUCGGUUACAGUUCCAGCAGAAUCUAAAGAAAAAGGACAAACAGCAGCUUCUAGAAGACAUCAAGGCUUAUGAAGCGAAGAAACUUCAACUUCAGACGGAUAUCAAUAGUUUGGUGACGAGUAUAAAGAGUAACAAUCCGGAAUUCAGCUUCAAAUUGGACGAGAGUUCUGGCGAGAAGAAGAACGCUAAAGAUAAGCCCGAGACGGGGAAGAAAUCUGCGCCGAUAGCCCUGGAGUCUACGCAGCAGCUUCCUCCCAAAUUGCAACAGAAUAUCAAUCUACUUCAGCAGCAGAAGCAGCGACAGCAGCAGCAGCUCCUUCAACAGCAUCAGCAACAGCAGCAACCCGCGAUGAUGAUGCCACAGGACAACGUAAGUAUCGAUCCAGCGCGAAGGAUGGUUACUAUUAAGCGAACUUUCCUGCCCCAUUCGGAACCGCAGGUAACCGUCACGGCGAAGGGGCCAUCUCCCGAUCAGGACCAGUUGCUGUACACCUUCAUCAAUGGUCAGCUGGUAUCGCCGGACUCGUCUUCCGGUCAGGGUCGGCCGCCCACAAAACAGCAGAUUCAAAACCAUCUAGAUCAACUGACCAUGAAGAUGGCUGCAGGUGAUGCGAAGCAACUGAACGAACUGAUUGCUAAAAGUCAAUUCUCGAACGAUACGGAUGUGUGGAUCACCGAGAAGCUUCUCAGGCUCAGUGUUAGAGAACAGUCGCAGAACCAGCAGGCGCAGUCAACGCGAGAAAUUGACGAAUUAAUGCAAAAAUUGAACUACCACACAACAGGCGGUCCUACCAUGGACAAAAAGAAGAAAGAGGAAAUUAUUUCUUCGAUCGGUAGGAUGUCCGAUCGAUUGAGUCAAGUACGCAAUAAAGGAGCGAAUUCCAAGAGCGAAGCCCAAGCUAAGGCUGCUACGCAGAUGCUGCAGAAAAUAGUGAAGAAGCUUGAGCAGGACUACGCCGCCAUGUGUGGAGAAGAGAGCAAAAAGAAGAAGAAGAAAAAGAAGAAGGACAAGCUGGCCGACGAGAUUGACGAAAUCGAUGAAAUUGUUGCAAAGCUCGACGGAUUAGAGGUGGGAAGCAGUGGGAAGCCGAAGGCUGAAGCUAAAAAGCUGCCAGAAAAGGCACUUGGCAAGGUGCUGAACCGGAAACUGAGUAAGGAUUCUAUCAGCUCUAGCGGCAGCUCACAGAAGGUAAAGGAAGGAAAAGAAAAGCCUGCGAAGGAGAAAGUCAAAGCUGAAGGCAGUCAGGAGCACGAGAAAAAGGUUUCUGUAAAGGAGAAAGAAGCAAAGAAGAAGCUUGUGCGGAAGAAGAGUGAGGCCUACAUUGAUCCGGAGUUCGAUAAUAAUGCUUUCAAGUUGUUGAACCUGGAGGAUACCGAAUCGGACGAAGAAGAGAUGGGAGUCGAAGAGGAUGAAGUGGCAGUCAAUGAGUCAAAGCAAAGCGAUUCCUUCAUGAAAGAGCGAACACCUUCACCAGUUCCGGUACCAGUUCCUGAGAAAGUGGAGGAGAAACCAAUGCCAUCCACGCCACCUCCAAGUUUAGUUCCGGCGCCAUCUACCAUUGCUGCAAAUAAGAAAACCAAUAAAAAGAAAAAUGAAAAGGCAAAGGUACAGAAACCUGUUCCCGUGCCUCCUGCGGUUAAAGACGGUAAACAGAACAGGAACAAGGAAAAUCAUGUACCGUUGCCAACAGCAUCAGUUCAAAAAACUCCAAAAGCGUCUCUCAAUGCUUCCAGUUCGCAGCUAAACACCUCAAAGAGCGACAACAAUAGCAAGAAGAUUCCUGCUAGAGAACCCGAGAAACCUUCACUCGAUAAUUCGAACCUUUCUAAGCGUCAAAGAAAGCUUCUUUUAAAGCAGCAGGAACAGUCAAAGCCCGGAUCACAACCAGCUCAGACCCAGGGCCAUCAGCAGAAGAAACAGCAUCAGCAGACGCCACCACCUGCGGCCAACCGCCACGUUGAGAAAGCCAUCAAGAGUGCAGAUCGACUGGCAAAGGGACAUAAUGAGCGCCGUUCCAAGGUCAACAUUAGUGCCGAUACGACGCUGGAGCUGAUUAAUGAACCGAACCAAGCGGUGUCUUCCAAGGCUAUGCCAGCUGCUACUCCUCCGAAAAUUCCCAACACCUUCCCACCUGGUGACACUUCCUUUGGGGCAAGCAUCAUGGACCAACUGAGCCGGGGAAUCCGAGUGGAGGGACUGCAACUGCCACCUGGCAUCACGCUCACACGAGUCGAUGCCGCCCAAGCUGAAGCUAUCAAGGCCAAGCGUGAUUCGAUCAAAAAGAUUUGCGAACCGAUGCAGGCGGUUCAACCGCCGGAACCUCCACCGAUGAUGAUGCCACCGCCGAUGAUGAUGGGUUCGUCCGGAAUGUACAUGAUGAACCCGAUGAUGCAAGCACCAGUGGUGAUGAAUGCCGCACCAGGUCAGGAUUCCGUCAUUAUGGUCGACACCAACAAGCUGAAGGGAUCUUCCACGGAAGGCGAGAAAAAACCGAGCAAGAAGAAGAAUCGCAAAAACAAGAGCAAGAAUAAAAAUGACGCCGCGAAGGAUGGCGGUCAGCACAAAUCCGACGGGAAGCAGAAGAAUCAAAAGGGCAACAACAACAUUGUCACCCUUCGGAAUCCAAUGUUCCAAGGUGGAUCGGCAAGACCACCUCCGGCAGCUGACCCGGCGGCUAACCGCCAUCCACUUGGGUACGAUCAACGGGCGACGAUUUUCAAGAACGACAACGGAAUGUUCACCAUUCGCAACCCGGCCCUGCAUCAGGCGCUGGCCGGCGGAACACCACCCUCCACCAGUGGAUUCCGGCCGUUCAACACCAACUAUCUGGUGGAGAAUGGCAUAGUCCCGCCGCAGGUGUCGGGAGCCCCCAGCAGUGUCACCACGGCCAACUAUCUUCAGCAGCAGCAGACGGCCAAGGAGAUGAGCCUGCUGGGGGAGGGAUCGUCAUCGCACGUGGGAACGCCGUUCUCUGCUACCAUUGAGCCGCCACGGAAGUGUAACUCAGCCAUUGGAAGUGAGAUGAAGAAUGCUCAGAAGCAGAAGCAACAGCAGCAGCAGCAGCACCAUCUCCAACACCAUCACCAGAACUCUUGGCAACAUCUAAACGGUGGCCCGGUGGAUAGCUCUGGAAUCGGCGGAAGCCUUUACAGUCCUUUGACGGCAGUAGGCAGCUCCGGUCAACCCCAGCGAUGUUACUCGCCGUUUGAAAAUCUUCAAUACGGGCUAAGCGGUAGCCAAGAGUACGGCGGUAACUCGCCAAACUCUUCAACCGGCUAUUUCCCGAUGAGCUCGCCGUCCACCGUCAGUGCAAUUGGAUCCGAGCGGUCGCAGGCACGCGCCCAGGCGGCAGCUGCCUUAUCAGUUGGUGCUGAGCAUAGCUGUAGAAGAUUGUUUGGUGGAAACUGUUCGUCGGUGGGAUCCUGCGGAAGUGUUCAUUGUAACGAUUCCAGUGGCGGUCGCUUCUACGAUGGCUUAGACGCAGGUUCUUCAGCUAAUCACAAAUACGAUGAUUUGUCUUUUCUGCAGAACCUUCAGCCUGGUCAACGUUUAAACAGUGAGGUUACCAUCCACAACAUCAACGAGUCCAAGUUUUUGCGCCAGCAGAACCAGAACCUCUCGAAUGACAUUGAAAUCACGCGGAUACCGGGCCCGGGCAGUGCCAUGGGUGCACCCGGUUUCGGCCACCCAACGCAGUCGACGCAUCCUUUGCUAAUGUCGCCGGCGGGUUCCACCAUAAGCAGUGAGGCGGCUGCCGGUGGUGUGCCGUCCACUGCCGGAACUGCCACCAGCAGUGGAACCGCCAGCGACGCGGCUAACUUGCUUGCCCUGAACGACAUCGAGACCAGUUUGUUCCUGCAGAAGUAUCAGCAACAGCAGAUGCAUCUGCACCAGCAGCUGCAGCAGCAGAUGCAACAGCUCAAGCUGCUGCCAAUCAGCAGGCAGCAGCAGCAACAGUUACUCGGAGAAUACGGAGAGAAUAUAUUCGCACCCAACCAGAUGGUCAACCUGAACGAGCUGGAAUCGGAAGAGCGGGACAUUGAAUCAUUCAAGCGUUUCAACUACUAUUUCGAUCCGCCGAAAACAAAGCCUAAGAUCAAUCUGAACGUCAAAGACAUUGUGGUGGCGAACAAAAAAUCGCCAGUUCCGAGUACAGCGGCCAGUGGCAACAGCCACGGUACCAACGGCAGCAGCGGAAGCAGCAGUAGCAGCGUCAGCAACGAUAACAAUCCCGGCGGGGUCAGCAUUGGCGAGGACAUUCAUCCGAUUCGACCGCAGGCUCCGAUCGGAACACCCUCGCAGAAGGGUCUCCAUCAGCAGCAAACAACGCCGGUGUCGUCGGUGGGAACGGGUGUCUCAACCGUGCUCUACCCGGCUACUUCUGACAGUCCGGCUUCGUCGGCGUCGAUCUUUGAUGGAAUCUCCUCUUCGAUGAGUAGCCAUGCCCAUUCUUGCGAUGACCUGUACAACGAUUUGCUCAGCUCGACGGGGAAUCUCAGUUUGAAUUUGAACCUUAACUUGACCCAGCUCCAACAGUCCAACUCGGACCCGAUCGCUUACGAUAAUGUUGGGUUCGGUGCUGCGAUGGGAAACAGUGUGGGAGCCCACAGCUUGGGCAGUGUUGGCAGUACAUCGAAUGUAGCCGGAAGUGGCAAACCUUCGGCGGCUGAUCUGGCCCAAGGCAUCAUCAGCAAUUAAACUCUGCCGCGUGGUGAAUGUUCAGUUUGGAAAAUUCCCGUGUCCGUUCCUAGGAAUCCGAAAAAUAACCCAUAGAAUAGUCGUAUUGCCGGUUGCAAGUUGCCUUCAUACAGAGAGAAGUGCCAUAGAAUCUUUUAAAUCAUUGCCAACACUCAGUUAAUUAGUGCAGCACACAGAUCUUUAGGAAGGAUUCGUAGGAAUUGUGGGGGAUCAGUACCAGAUUGAUACACUGAAUUACGCAUACAUUAACUGCCACUAGGCGGAAUUUCCGCCGACUAGGGUCACCCAGAAAAUAUCAUCUGAGAAGGAUCACAUUCAGGGUUGUGAACUUUCUGAGGUGAUAUUUUCCUUAGUGCGACCACACUUUGAAUUGAAAUUUGAUCACAUUAACCUUCCCGGGAGGUCUUAUUGUCCUAUUGUUCCAUUUAUAAGAUCAGUUUGGUGAGAUUGAGCUCAAACAGAUGGCCCGUUGAUCACACUCAUCAUUCAUGUAUUUUUGGUGCAAUGUACCCAACAUUGAGAGACGAAGCUGUAGAGGCCGGUAACGACAAUGGCGCAUGCCGUGUUCCUUGACUCAUUUCGUUUAAACUGUUGAGUGGAUCACCGGGUUUCGUAGAUGACUAGAUAUUGAAGUACUCCGCACUGCUGCUACCGUAGAUAUAUAUCAUAAGCGUUAGGGGUUGCACAGCAUUCUGUUUACGGGCGGUUGACCCAAAUAGCAGCUGCUAUUUCUCGAAUUGAGUCCACGCGUACGUACUACUCCAUUGAUAUUCGUCGUUCGUUGAAUAAGCAAAUGCUCCGUUUGUUGCGCGGAGGCAGACAUCACUCACGUGAAAACUGGUGAAAACAGGGCGAACCAUGUGCUGGAAGCGUCCCUUUCAUUUGAUUCAGAAAACCAUUGCAAUGUUGCUCCAAGUGUUGCUCUCACUAUUACUACUACAACUACAACAUAUAUUGUACAUACCUUCAUUCAUAAUUGAGGGAGAACAACAAAAUGAAAAGAAACAGUAAUGCCGAAUA